GGAGGAGCCAAUCAAUGACUUGAUGGAAUCCUCUUAAGUACAAUCCUCAGGGACUUUGCGAAAUGCACAACAAAAUGUCCUAAUGGAGAAAAUCAGAGCAAUAUACAGUGUUACUGCAGCUUUUACCUUUUUCUCUAUAUGCUGGCUUCCUUUGUCUCAAGAACAUCCAAUGACGAUAUUCAGGUUAUAUUCGAAAGCUGAUGGCAGGCUUCCCAUGUUUACAUAUAGAAGAGAAAAGGAGAAAGACAAGGAAUGGAUAAGAGAAAGAGAUAAAUACAGGGCUGUAACCAAGGCUGGUUUGAAAAUGCAAAGUUUCCAAGACCUAAACUGGUCCGGAAGACGAAGACCCCAGACUGCGGUAUGGAAAAUCCCAAAGUCAGAUAGAAGAAAGGAAAAGUACAGUAGAUCAGCUGGAGAAAAUGGACAAUUCAUUCAAAAUGAAAUGUCCAGCAGAUCCUCCUCCGACAGCUUUAAAUUCAAUGAUUUUCCAGCAUUUACCCCGACAGAUGGAAGGCAUCCUGGCACACAUAGUCCUAGAGACAUAAAUAAAUCAAACAAGUCAUUAGAAGUUUCUUCAGUAGCUGUACAUAAUCACAAUGGAAUUCCCAGGGGUCCAACUUAUCUCACAUCUGUAGAGCUGAAGACACCAUGGUACAUUGAAAUGCUGCAUGAAAAGGAAAAUAACCUGCUAAAAUUGGGCUCCGAGAUUAAUCGCCUAUCGGCGUAUGAAGUGGAAUGCAAGAGGAAGGAAGAGAUUAUUUCCAUCUUGAAGAAUGAAGUGCAACAGCUCCAGAAUGAACUGAGCCACACAAAUCCUCCCCAAGACCCAAUGGCAAAGAGAUACGAAGUCAGACAGCAACACAAUGAAGUAAAGUUUCUCAAUGGGCACAACACAACUAUAACUCAAGAAUAUUCCAUUGGGGCAGAAGACCCAGAUGAACUUGUACCUUCAGCAUCAAGUCCAAUGGAGAAUUCCCAUUCUACAUCAUUAUCAGUUUGUACAAAAGACACACAACAAACAGCAAUGCAACUGACACAAGUAGAUACAGAGAGCUUAGAUGAGAAAAGCAGUGAACAAGAACAUAACUUGGAAUCUGAAGUUGGCCAACUGGUCCAUGAUUGCGGUGAAGAAUAUUCUAGCAGUGAAGAUAACCAAGAGUUGUUAAAUAGAUUAAAGGAAGAGCUGGACAGUGUUAAAAACAGCUAUGAAAUGGCUAAAGGUGCCAAUAUGUCUCUGCAGAAACUUCUGUCCCACCAGGAGUCCCAGCUCCGCAAAGCUCUAGAUGAAAAACAAAUUCUCCAGAAAGAAGCAAAAGAGAGGAAUAUGCAACUACAAGCCAUGUCCUUAAAGUUUUCCAGCCUGAGAGAGGAAAGAAAGCACGAAGAAAUGAUGGCCGCCAUCUCAAAGGAAAAUUACAACCUAAGAGAGCUUGUGACAGAAUUAAAGUCGGAGAUGAGCAAAAGAAAUGACAUGAUUACUGAUUUAAAGCGUGAAGUUCAGAGACUACAGAGGCAGUGCACAGAUUUCCAGAUACAACUGAAAAAAAACGAGGAAGACAAAAAUGACAUUCAGAGGAAUUCAGAGGAUUUGUUGUGCUCCAAUCAGCAGAUAAAAGUGACCCUGGAAUGUCUCCAAUCUAGGUUUGAGAGAUUCCGUACCAAAAUUAUUCAAGCCACGUACAGUGCCCCGGGAGUCAAGUGUCCACAUCUGGAAAUGACAGACAAUGAAAUCCUAGAAGGCAUGCAGAGAAUUAUUACAGAGCGAUCAGAUUUCCAUCAACAGCUCAAGCAGAAAGGAGUAAAAGUCCCUUCUCUUUACAUCAAUGAGAACACAGCCUCAAAGCAACCGGCCUCAAACACAAGGAAAAAACUUUAAUGAAAAAACUUUCCGGAUCUUCUCUGUACAGGUCCCCAUUACUAGUAAAUUCUGCAUUGUGCUUUGCCAA